AUGUCUGACUACUCUGAUGACGCUCCAAGCGAUACAUACGACUCAGAUGGUUCGUUUCUAGAUGGGAACGACUCGGACGACGAGAUACCCGCCAUCAAGAGCAAGGGCAAGCAGAAGAGCACAAACAUAGAAUAUACCAGCCUGUCGGCUUUGCGUCUCCAGGAACUUGUGGACGAAGACAUACACCACGUAGCUAGCAUCAUCGGAUUAGAGUCAAGCAUAGCCUGCAUUCUGCUCCAGCAUUUCCGAUGGAACCGGGACCACCUCAUCGAGAAGUUCAUGGACAGCUCCGCGCUUGUCCUCCGAGACGCCGGCGAACCACAGAACGUCCCUGCUUCGUUGGAGCCUCGCCCGAGCAAGCGAGCACGCCUUGAUACGCCCACCGAAUUUGUGUGCAGUAUCUGCUGCGAGACAAACCCAGACGACGUCUUCAAGCUUAGGUGUACCCACGCGUUCUGCGAGGGAUGCUGGCAGAUGUACACCUCAGCAAAGAUCAAGGAGGAAGGCCAGUGUUUCUUCAACUGCAUGCAAGACGGGUGCCAAACGUUUGUGGACGAGCCAUCAGUUGCCAAGCUCGUCGACGAACGCACAUUCAAGCGCUACAAGGAGCUGGUCUUGCAGUCGUAUGUCUCCGCGUACCCACACCUGCGUUUCUGUCCACAUCCUUCUUGCACCGAGACAGUCUCGUGCACGGGCGGAGUGGGGUCUGACCUCUUCACGGAAGUUCCUACUGUGCAGUGCGGCGCCUCGCACUGGUUCUGCUUCGGAUGCGGCUUGGACUCGGACCACCGCCCGCUGAUCUGCAAGUUCGUCUCCAUCUGGCUGAAGAACGCUCGUGAGGACUCGGGAACCUCGCAGUGGAUCAAGGCGAAUACGCGGACGUGCCCAAAGUGCCAAAACAACAUCGAGAAGGCCGGCGGAUGCAACCGCAUCCUCUGCCGACAGUGCAAGUUCCAGUUCUGUUGGCUCUGCAUGCAGAAUUGGGACGUCCACGGGUACAACAACGAAGUCUGCAGCACCUGGAAGGAGCCCGAGCCGGACGAGGCGAAGACCACGGCGAAGCAGAACCUCGAUAAAUGGCUGUUCUAUUUCGAUCGCUUCAACAAUCACGAGCUGUCCGCGCGGCUUGACCAGGAGCUAUGCGAGCGCACGGAAGAGAAGAUGGUGGAGGUGCAGGAGACCAGUACUUUAUCAUGGAUCGAGGCCAAGUUCAUGCAAAACGCCGUGAAUGAGCUGACGAAGUGCAGAGUCAGCUUGAAGUGGUCAUAUGCCAUGGCAUACUUCCUCGCACAGGGCAACAAGAAGCAGAUCUUCGAGGACCUUCAGGCUGACCUCGAGAAGGCGGUUGAGGACCUCUCGCAAAUGCUCGAAGAGCCUGUGGAAGCGGACACCGUGAAGAGCUUGCGCCAGCGGAUGCUGGACAAGACGGUCUAUGUGCAAAAGAGGCAUGAAAUCCUAAUGCGGGACUCUGCGGAAGGUCUCACGGAGGGGCGCUGGGAGUGGAAUACCCCCUUGGAGUAG